ACGUCCCCUACGUCACCACGUCGUAUGUACGGACGACAGCGAGGAGGGUGUGGACUUCGCGAAGCAUUCAAUCUCUGGUAGAUAGCGUAUAUUUUCCUCCUGUUAACUUUUGUGGCGUCUGAAAAGGGCUCCAGUGAGGUUCUCCUGAGGGUGUCCAAGGCUGCUUUGGACUUGGGACGGAUGAUCUCCCGAUCCUUCUUGAAUUCUUCUGGCAAUCUGUCUUCUCCUCCUCACUUCCUCCAGUCCAACGACGUAUCUGCCCCCAAAAGAGCCUGUGUAACCUAACAGAGGACGGGCGCAGCAGCAGUGAUGGACGAUAUCUUUACACAAUGCCGAGAGGGCAAUGCCGUAGCGGUUCGUUUGUGGUUGGACAACACAGAGAAUGACCUCAACCAAGGGGACGACCACGGCUUCAGCCCGCUGCACUGGGCGUGCAGGGAGGGCCGGUCCAGCGUGGUGGACAUGCUCAUCAUGCGCGGCGGUCGCAUCAACGUCAUGAACCGCGGCGACGACACGCCCCUGCACCUGGCCUCCAGCCACGGGCACCGCGACAUCGUGGGCAAGCUAAUACAGUGCAAAGCGGACACAAACACUGUGAACGAGCACGGCAACACACCACUGCACUACGCCUGCUUCUGGGGUCAGGACCUGGUGGCUGAGGACCUGGUAACUAACGGGGCACAGGUGAGCAUCUGUAAUAAAUAUGGACAAACCCCCAUGGACAAGGCCAAACCUCACCUGCGGGAAAUCCUUAAAGAGAAAGCAGAGAAGUUGGGGCAGAACUUGACCAAAGUUCCCUUCAAGGACAGCUUCUGGAAGGGCACCACCAGAACCCGACCCAGGAACGGCACCCUGAACAAGCUUGCUGGUGUGGACUUCAAGCAACUCUCACUCUUGGCCAAAAUUAACGAGAACCAGUCUGGAGAGUUGUGGCAGGGGCGUUGGCAAGGCAACGAUGUGGUGGUGAAGGUGCUAAAGGUUCGCGAUUGGACAACGAGGAAGAGUAGGGACUUCAACGAGGAGUAUCCAAAACUUAGGAUCUUCUCUCACCCAAAUGUCCUCCCCAUGUUGGGCGCAUGUCAGUCUCCUCCGGCCCCCCACCCCAUCGUCAUCACCCACUGGAUGCCUUAUGGCUCCCUGUACAACGUUCUGCAUGAGGGCACCAAUUUUGUGGUGGACGACCAGACGCAGGCAGUGAAGUUUGCGCUGGACAUUGCCUGUGGAAUGGCCUUCUUGCACACGCUGGAGCCCAUGAUCCCUCGCCACAGUCUCAACAGCAAGAGUGUCAUGAUCGAUGAGGACAUGACGGCCAGGAUCAGCAUGUCAGACGUUAAGUUCUCCUUCCAGUGUCCCGGCAGGAUGUACUCCCCCGCGUGGGUCGCCCCUGAAGCCCUGCAGAAGAAGCCCGAGGACAUCAACCGUCGCUCCGCGGACAUGUGGAGCUUCGCCGUGCUGCUGUGGGAGCUGGUCACCAGAGAGGUGCCCUUCGCUGACCUCUCCAACAUGGAAAUAGGCAUGAAGGUGGCCCUGGAGGGUCUGCGGCCCACCAUCCCGCCGGGCAUUUCCCCCCACAUCUGCAAGCUGAUGAAGAUCUGCAUGAACGAGGACCCGGCCAAGAGACCCAAGUUCGACAUGAUCGUGCCCAUCUUGGAAAAGAUGCAAGACAAGUGAAGCCCCUCCGCCCCUCCUGCGCAGCCCCCUCCUUGAACGAGCCCCUGGGGGGAAACCCCGCUUUUCCCUUGCCCGUCGUGGUGCUGGACCGGUGGUGCCUUAAAGCCCUUCUCUCUGCCACUCCGCCGCUGCUCUCCGUACCACUGUACCGCCGGCUGCUGCCCCCACCCCGGCAGCAGGCCCUCGUUUUUUUAACCUGUUUUAUGAUUUUAAACAUUUCCUUUUUUUGGGUUACGUUCUCCAUCUGUCGUCGUGACUUCUGCGUUUUUAUCCAUGUGUUGAUCUGGACUAGCUUAGUGUGGACGCUCCGUGGACGCUCUGUGGUGGUCGUGGUUUGUGGCCGUGUUGUGGGACCAGCGGUGGUCCGAGUGAGACCCCCCCCCCGCCCCCCGUCACGCCGCCUGCAUCGAUUAUGAAGCCUCGUUUCUCUCUCUUCGUGGAAGUGGAUCCCUAUCCGUCGCAUUUUGAACCACCGGCUCCGUAGGGUAGAAACGGGGGGGUCUCUGUAAGAAGAGACGCUAUAAAGCUUAUCCAAAGCCUGUCUUGUGAAAUCAUGUUUGAUGUCUCUUUGUUGUAUUGAUAAUAAAUUGUAUACAAUCUGGGAGGAGGGGGAGACCGAGCGUUUAGUAAUUAACUUUAUUUAGGACAUGGAUGUGAACGAGUAGUUCCCACGUGAAUACGUCUACUGGAUGGUGUCUUGUAGCUCGGCUUUAUUUCCGCCUUAUUUGCCUCCACCGUCACCUGCUGGAGCUGUAAAACCGACCAAAUAAGUGUUGAUGUCGAAUGCAUCAGGUUCGGAUACGUCGCCAUCAAAAUGUAUUCCUUCCUUUGUCGAGUAAUGUCCAAUGGGGUACAUUUAUAAAUAACUGUAUUCAUGUAAUUCUGAUGAUUCAUUACUUAUGUCUCUAAAAUGUAUAGUCAUUUCUGGAUUUUUAUACAAAUCCCUAAUAAGAUACAUUGCCAUCAUUGCACCAUUAUGCCCAGGUUAAAAAAGUAUCGCUAAAGUUUAUUUUUCAAUUUCUCUGCAGAAUGAGCUUGGGAAAUGCAGCAAUUAACACCUGUUUUUAUAUGUAUUACGUUGCACUGAUUAUUUGCAGAUACGAUUGCUUACUGCUGCUUCGAGAAAGUCACAAUCACAAUCAUUGUAUUUGCUUUGUUCUUAAAUAUAUGGGGAACUUCCUUCCUCCAAAUCAAAUCUUGUUUGUGUGAAAAGGUUGUUGGCAAAAUCCAGUGACAUCUUGCCAAAAGGGUUUGACCACACAUCCGUCUGUCUAUGAUGUCACUUCCUUUCCUGCCAUAACUUUGUUGUUGCUUUGUUCUGAGAUAUUUUUUACUUGUAUUGUUUUGUGUAUUCACCGGUUUGCUUGUUUGUGCUGAAUCACAGGGUUAAAGCCAAAAUCAAGCAUGUCUUAAACUAAAUAAGGAUAUUAAAAAGAAACCGAUGUCUUGA